AUGAUCGGGGGGAGUGGACCCACCAAGAUGCAAUCGAUCGAACGAAACGUCCAGCCAGUCAUAUGGAUGGGAAUGACGAAGAAGGACAUUCUUGCAAGAAAGCGACUGAACAUGAGCUCCACGGCCAAACUUGCGAUCCUUCAGGAUGCCGCCAAGAACAUGUGGUGCAAACACUUCAUGACUCCUCGUCAAUUGGUCGAUCUCUUAGCUCGACUCGCUUGUCCCUUUGCCGAGGGCGAGGACAUCACCGAGAUCUGCAUGGGCAAGACUCUAAACACCAUUGCGGGCCUUGUCGUCGAGCAGAAUCUUGGCCCGGGCCUGUGGUGCGACAUCGACCAAGGCUUCUCGCUCACCAAGAGUCUACGGAAGCGUAUUCUUUCCAGCACAACUCUCGCAGAGGCCAUCGAUGAGCCAGCUCUGGAAGACAAAGAACAGCGAAAAUACCUUGUGACGGAUAUCACACACUUGCCCAAGGCUAGACUGAUGCGCGAUGCCCUUCGAUUAAUCAAGGAGGAGGGACACUUCCACAGAGGCCGAAAGACGAAAGCUAGUGUCAACUCGGCGAGCAAUGGCAUGUCGCACAAGUCCAUCGACGAGAUGAUCUCACUUCUGAAGCGCACAUCAUCUGAUCGAGCCAACGGGAUGCUGCAGACCAAGUUCGGCCUCACACUCGACGACAUCAUCAGCAAGGGCUUCCACCCUUUCAUCUUCACAGCCGAGAGCGAUAGCGAUGUGGAUGUGGAUUGUUCGGAUCAAUCGGAGGAGAGCUCGGACGAGUCCUCCUCCCGUCAUGGCGCAUUCUUACACGAGAUUCUCCCGCUGGACAAAGAUCCAGCAGAUCAUUCAUCCUCGACGCACAACCGCACCGGCGGAUAUCCAUCGACAACUCGAGAUCCUCGCGCAAUGUUCUCCCGAUUCAUCGGCAAACUCGGCCUCACCUACGCCAUCACCGCCACGGACCCCUUCGUCCCGGAGCCCGUUCAGACUCAGACUUCGAUCAACCUCGCGAGUAUCAUCCUUGCCGGCUCCCGAGAAACACACACGGCGGCCUUCGACUUCUUCUUCUUCUUCUUCUUCCUCUUCGAGACAUGCUCCUCCACCGCCAGUCUUGACUGGAGAUGA